AUGGUGAAUUUGCUUUCAGUAGUUUUCCGUCUCCUCACGUUAUCGCUAGCUGUAGCUUCUACACUUUCCAUCGAGCCUCAACCUCAAGCUGCCGAUGCCUACACCAUCGUAAAUGCCGAUAACCCGAAGAAUAUUCGACUUGAUGCUAAUCUCCUUAUCCCCGAUGGUGGAGAGCUUCUGCUGAGUAUACAAGUACCUCACGAGCCAAUUCAAGUUCAGCCCAGAGGACCUGCAAAGGUAGUGCGAGUUUAUUCAGAUCAUGUUGACGAUAAAAUCGGGGAAGGGGAAGUCAUCAACAUAUUUGUGAAAUUUACAAGUGCAAUUAAGCUGAUGGGAUCCGGAUCUCCCCAUCUACUUCUAAAGACAGGGUGCCACGAAAGUGCAUGCCAUACAAAGGAGAUUCAACGACUGAGGUGCAUGGCAACUGAGGGAAAAUUCGCAGUUGGUUUCGGAUCCCAGAAAGUUGGCAACAUUCCUUGGGACGCUUCGGCUUAUACUUUUGCUGAGUACUUGACGAGAAUAACUAGUAUUCACAAAGUAAGCGUCACAUAUAGCAUUGACGAGGACCGAGCGUGUACAUUUUUUGGAAACAACAUCACAAUCACCUUCGAUUCUAUGAACAUUGAAGGAGCAGAUGGAAAUUUGGUCGAAAUGACGGGUGACAAGACCAAUGCAGUGGGUGACGGAGAAAAAUUGAGGCAUGUCAUGUACCAGCCCUUGUUGACAGAAUCAGCGUGGGAGAUUCAAAGAGGGGUGCAUAGAUCGGAUAGGAAAGCGGAGUUUAUGAUGCAAACAGCUUCUGACACUCUCAGGUUUGAAUAUACGGUACAAAGGGGGGAUUCGACAAAGAAACUCGAGUACACAAAUGUUGACUCGCUUACGCUGUCACUUCGAGCGAAUGAUAAUACACGAAUAUUAAACGAUGACAGUACUAAUACGGUUGCGAACACAAAUUUACCACCUCCAGGAUUUGCGGGGAAUUGGGAACGAGGAGUUGGCACAAGUUUGUCAAAGUCUAGCUCACUAGAAAUCGAUGUGAUACCUCCAUUUAUCACGACAGUGACUUCUCCUAAUGAAGAUGGAACUUUUGGUGAAGGUGAUGAAAUUUUAAUACAUGUGCAUUUCUCCAAGUCGAUUGCGAUAACUGGCGUACCAACUUUGACUUUGAUGACGAGAGUGCUGGAACGUAAAAUUCCAUUCAGUCAGGUAGUAGCAGGAAAUAUUGCCGAGUUUAAGUACAUUGUUCAAUCGACAGAUAUGUCUCCAGAUCUCACGUAUUCGGGCACGACAGCGUUGCAGCUUAAUGGCGGAUCUAUUAGAAGAAAGUCGACGUUAUCUGUCACCAAUGCUGUGCUUUCGUUACCUGUGAUUGGCGAAAUUGGAAGCUUAUCUGUGAACAAAAAUAUUGUCGUUGACACUUCAAAUCCAAGAAUUUUAAGCGUAACUACCACAGUAAAAUAUGGAAUUUACACGGCUGGAGACGAAAUACCAUUAUUAAUCACGUUUGACAGACCUGUAGUUGUGACUGGGAUCCCUCAAUUACUCUUAGAUACUGGCUCAAUCGACUUGUUUCCGGGUGACUUUGUUGUACGGGCUCCAACACGCACUUCAAGCAAGACUGUAGUCUUCCCGUCAAAUUAUCUUUUUACAACGUUUGAAAAAGGCCUUCAAUUUAAGAUUGACGGCCAGAUUCUCACUGUUGAAACAGUUAACAAAGAUGAAGUGACUAUGGUAGAAAUGUACACAGCUACGACAGUGAACUCUGCGAGUAUCGCAUUAGGAGCUGCUAUACCAAUUUACACUCCAGGUUAUCGACCGGCCAAAUAUUUGAAUGGCACUGGGACAAACGUGCUGACGUUUGUUUAUAUGGUACAAAUUGGAGACGUCUCGCCUCGUCUUGCUUACCUUUCCACUUUGGCUGUAAAAGUAGGAGCAGGAUCGAUUAAACAACUGACUGCAAGACCAUCUACAGAUGCUGAUCUUACACUUCCAGCACCUGGAGCUGAUGGAAGCUUGAGUGCUUCUGCAGCUCUUGUCAUUAACACGGAUGCUCCUCGAGUGACACAAGUAAGAGCAGUAACGCGCGAUGGUGUGUACAGAGCUGGUGAUGCCAUUUACUUCGAAGUGAUUUUCAAUUUGCCUGUUGUAAUUUUUUCGGUAGCCUCACUUCUCACCAAUAUUGGCAGUGCUGGGAAUGAUCGAUAUGCGGUCUAUUCGGGGGGAAAUGGUACAACGUCGCUUAGAUUUAAACUUGACUGUCUCGAAUCGGACCAAGUGGCCGUUUUGGAUUAUAAAGACAGUCUCUCGUUACGUCCAGCGUAUGGUACGAAAAUAGGUUGGAUUCGACGAAAAUCUACCAAGCCAAUACUACCUGCAUUACUCGACUUACCAAUUACAGGACUUAUAUCGAAAGGUAUUUCGAUUGAUCAAGCAUGUGAAAGAGUGACCGAAGUAUUCACCUCUCAUGUAGAGGGAACCUAUGGAGUUGGCGAAUCCAUUGAUAUUCUAGUCACUUAUUCAGCUAGUGUGACUGUUGAUGUCACUGGAGGUACACCGACAAUAAGUCUCACCACUGGGAAUUCUGCAGUGUAUCAGUAUCUACAAGGAACUAAGACGCUUGUAUUUAACUAUGUUGUUGGACAAUUCGAUCAUACUGGUCAACUGGAAUAUCUUGAUCGAUUUUCCUUAAAUACUAAUGGUGCUCUUAUCAGAAGUUUGGCUACCUCUACACUUUUGUCAACACUCUUACCAAUUCCAGAGCUAAGCCAAUUUACAAACAGAGACGCUGUCUUUGUUUAUACAAUGUCUCCUGUCGUUCUCGGGGUAUCAACGCGAUCUCCGGAUGGAAUGAUUACUGUUGGCGACAGUAUUUUUGUGUCCGUGAGAUUUGAUUUCCCAGUUAUCGUUUUGCCGUUGUCGAUGGGAGCUGGAAUACCUGCGUUGUAUUUAAAUGCUGGAACGGGAAGUGGGGUCGUUUCAUCCUUCGUGGCCGCAGAAGAAAAUGUAAUUUUUUUCUCUUUCAUUGUAGCAGCAGGUCAAUCCACCAGAAAACUCGCAUACUUUGGUAGAUCAGCACUGAAAUGCACCGGCGGGUAUGGUCUUAACAAAGAUCCAGGACAGAGCGCUGGACCACCAACUGCUGUGUUUUUGGGCGACACUUUUGUCACAAGCUGGGCUGAAAUAUCGUCGGUUUCCAAUACACGGCAUAUACGAGUGAAAAUGUUUAACAUGGAGCACUUUCCACAUUUUUCAAGCUUUGAAGAUGGCGAUGGGGGCUUAUCUACUGUAAACUUUGCCACAGCGACGGAUGCAAGUGAUCCUCAUCUUGUGAUUUAUUCGUCAAAUUUGUACUUAAUAUGGGUGGAAACUAGCACUGCGACCAAUGCUCCAACCCAGAUCCGAGUAGCCAUUCUUUCAAGCCGUUCAAGCUCAGCUUUGGCGGCUCAGUGGACAUUUGUGGAUGCUUACCCUGCCACAAAUUUUGGAAUCAACAAAGACUCAACUGCGAACGCAGCUAGACCUCAUGCUGUCGUGCAUCACACGAAAUUGUACGUAGCAUGGCAUGAAGAUUCAGGUGUGGCUCAGAUUCGAGUUGCAGUCUUCAAUGGGUUAAAUAGUGCUCCAGAAUGGGCAUUCAUCGAUGGAAACCACAACGUGCAUGGAUUAAAUUAUGAUGUCACUCAAUCUGCUCAAAAUGUGCGGCUGUGCUCAUGUGCCUCAAAAGGAAGCACUUUGAACGUUCUGUAUGCCGUAUGGUCUGAAAUGGCUACUUCAACAGGUUCAGCACAAAUUCGAGUCGCGUUUCAAAGUGGAAGAGAUGGGUUUUCAACUUGGACUUUUAUCGAUGGGAAUGCAUCUACCGGACUUAAUAUUGAUACGCAGCAAAACGCAAAUUUCCCUUCAAUUCAGUGUCUUGGAAACUCAAAUGUUGUCGUGGGAUGGCAAGAAAGCUCUGGGACUGGUGGGUCGCUUCUUUUUGUCAUGAUAUUUAACGGAAACUUUUCGAUGCCACAAUGGACACGACUAGAUGGCGGUAAAUACCUGAAUUUCAAUCAGUUCCAGCCAGCUCAGAACCUGCAGCUUUCCGUACAAACACAUCUCGGAACGAAGGCCUUGUUUGCAACAUGGCAAGAAUUAGAUGUAACCGGAGCAACAACCCAAAUUCGAGUUGCUAAGUUACGAGCUGGCGCGAUUCCUUCGUGGACAUUUAUGGACGGAGGAACAAAAGAUUCGGUUUUGAACGAUGAUACAUCUCAUGCUGCUUCCCAUCCGGUCUUAUCUUCGACACAAUCUCAAGAUAGAAUAGUGGCACUCUGGACAGAGAUACAUUCAAGCGGUCAGAUUCACGUACGGAGUAGCGUACUGAACGGUGCAGUGAGGGAAUGGCAGCCCAUCACGCAAGAUUGCAUUCUCCACAAGUCCUCAACUUCAACUACGUCUGCUAAUCUACUUCUUCCCGCACUUAAUACACCGGGAUCUCUGGAUUUUCACCACUCUAUUCAAGUUGAAACAUCCCAGCCAACGAUCGAAAAAGUGUCGCUAGCUGGAGAUAUCUAUCCGGUUAUUACGCAAGUAAACUCGAUCCAAACUAUCGACAUUUUUAACAUCGAGAGCAUCAUACAAGGAGAGUACAAACUGAUUUAUGGAUCGAGGGAAUCAUCAUGCAUAGAUUGGAACGCUCCAGCCACAGGCCUCAGAUCGAUUAAGUCCGCCUUGCAGACGAUAAAUGGUCUGUCUUUACAAGUAUCUGUCCUGCAGGACCUCACUGCGUUUAAUAGUGGAUAUCGCUACACUGUCACCUUUCUUUUCCCGUCUAUGGGUCUUUUGCCACUGAAGGUCAAGACAAAUUCAGAUCCUGAAUGCAAACCAUUUUUGUGUACCCCGACUUUCAGUCGCUAUCCAUGCAACACAAAUCUUAUCCAGAUAAACCAUAACGUGGAUAUUCGCACAGGGGCGGGCAUAGUCGAUGCUGUGGUACACUUCUCCUUCCCCGUUAUCGUAUCCACAGGCAGUACAAAAUUGAGUUUGGACGUAGGAGCAACCAUGGGUGACGCGACUUACACAAGUCGAAAUGCUCUACAAGAGUUUGACGUUGGACUUGGUAUGUCUAGCCCAGCACUUUCAGGAGGAUUUCGCUUAUCUUACGGUGACUUUAGUUCCGGAGUAGGAGUAGGACCAAUUUACACAACAGAGUGCAUUCAACUUUUUUCGAUGCAUGAAGAAGAUGGUAUACACGAAAUGCGGUCCAAGCUAACCAGAAUUGCUGCAAUUAAUACAAUUGGAAUUCAUUCACUUUCGAGACGAAAGCUUCAGAAUGGAUAUCGCUAUAUCAUCGAGUUUCGGAAUAGUGGCGACCUAUUAGACUUAGUCCCAGCGGACUCGUCAUCUUGUCCUGCCGUUGCUGCAGCUACUCAAACGAUCGAUAUCACGGCUACCUCCGACCUUAUAACAGGUGAAGUCAAAAUUCAAUUUGGAGAGGCCGAGAGUGAGUGCAUUCCCUGGAACAUUCGCGCGAAUGACCAUCCCAACUCGAUGGAGGCAAUCAUUAAAUAUAUCGAUCGGGACCGGAUAAUCGCCGUGAAAGUCGAAAAAGAUCCGUCAGUAUACGUGCAUGGAGUAAGAUACUACGUUUCCUUUACCCACCAAUCAGACGCCCAACAGCCACUUGUAGCCUUCACGGACGCUGGAUGUGCAGCAUUUACGUGCAGACAGGCUAAUGGGGUUGCAGGGCCAUGUACGGGGCUUUCAGUGAGCUCUAAUGCAGAUUUUAAAGUCACACGUGCAGCAUCGGAGGCUGUUUCCUUCCGCUACAUCAUUCAAUCUACCGACGAAGCCUUAUUUCUUACCUACAAAAGCACGGCAGCAUUGACUGGUAUGUUUGUUCGAUCUUCGAUGAAUCCAACUCUUGCUGCGUCUUUGACUCUUCCUACACCACCACCUGCUGUGGUAGCCCGUGAUGGAAUCUCGACACUUGCACUUGUGAAGUCUGGAGAUAUACCUGUAGUCACUCGUGUUUAUUCGACAACGAAUGAUGAUACAUACACUGCUGGGGACGUGAUACUCAUACUCAUCGAGUUUUCUGGAACAGUUGUGGUGGAGAAUACACCAGUUCUUGAAUUGAACUCAAACGGAGAGGCAGUCUAUACGUCCGGCAGUGGAUCAAAUGUGCUGCAUUUCUUCUACAAAAUUCAAAUUGGAGAAUCGUCUACAGCCUUAAAUUACGCAUCAAAAUUUUCGCUUCAGACAUUUGCUGCUACUACUUUCAAAAUUAAGUGCGCACAUUGCAUUAGCACUUGUAUCAGCGCCGAAACGACACUUCCAGCGAUAUCGAGUGCUGCAAGCUUAGCGGGAAGUAGCAAUCUAGUCGUCGAUACGACAGUACCUAUUAUAUCCUUAAUCACGUCGAGUCGCUCGGAUACAGCAAUAGGAGACGUUGGCUACGGCCCUGGUGAGAUAGUAGAUAUCAUCGUGACUUUUUCGACCGAUGUUGCAGUGAUUGGAACUCCAUCAAUAGAUUUGAAUUCGGGCGGAACUGCAACUUUCACGUUUGGAGGAUACCGUCAGGUACUUGACGUUGGAGUGAACUCUAUCGUUCCGAUCACAUCGGGGCAGUUUCAAAUUGUUUACAACGGAGAAGUCUCUGACUGCAUCGAUUUCAACGAUGCUGAUAGUGCUGCCGCCACUUCAUUCAAGUCGCGUCUACUUGAGCUGAAAGCUGUUGCUCGAAUUGGUCUUGUGUCUGUCACAAAGACGAUGAAGAAGAAUGGAAAUCGAUUCGUUAUCGUCUUUGACUCGACAAAAGUUGUUGACGUUCCUUUUGCUAUUGAUAUAGCUUUCUCGAACACGUGCGAGUCACUUCAGCCAUCGUCUAUAUCACAAGAAGCUUUGGACACUCGAAGUACAGAUAACAAAAUAUUGUUUCACUACACUGUUGGAGUUGGCGAGACUGCAGCUAUCUUGAAUGUGGUGGGCACAAGUAUUUCCCUACAUGCAGGCAUGGCUUCUAUCCUACGUCAGGCUAGCUCUCCAAACCUUGCAGCAAACAUCAACUUACCCACUUCAACGGCUCCAGAAACUUUAGCACAGACAAAGACACUUCGAAUAGACGGAACGCCAGCAUCUAUUUCCGACAUUGUGUGUGAUUCUGCACCUGGAACAUACGGCGUAGGCUUUCCAACAGUUGCAAGUCCACUAACCAUAGCGCCGGGAGAAAUUUUAUUCCAUUUCGUGUUUACUCGCCCAGUUGUAGUCAUUGGAGCACCAACUGUCGAGCUAGCAACGGGGUCUUUUCUUCCAAGUGGUAGCUUCAUUCCAAAUCGCUUUGCUAGAUUUAUCAAUCAGCCGCAACCGAAUCAAGUAGCAUUUUUGUAUCACAUUGAAAGCGGUGAUUCAAGUUUAAAUCUUGCGUUUGCGAGUCUUAAUGUCCUCAGCGGCGCCACCAUUUACUGCGCAUCGUCUACUCUUUCCAUCCGAGCAUCACUAGAACUUCCGAAACUAACAGUAAGCAAUAGUGUGGUGUUAAUUGAUGCCUUUUCCGUGCCCGCGACAGUGAAACUCGCAUCUUCUCAUGAGGACGGAGUAUACGGCGCAGGCGAGCUGAUUGAGAUUCAAGUCACCCUUUCAAAACCAGUCAUACUGCUAUCAGGUCUUAAUCGGAAUCAGAAUUGGCACGCACGAUAUCCCGUAGCUUUAGAGUAUGAAAGCUUCAUUUACAUCAUGUGGACGGAGCAUGACGCAGUACACAAUCCAGCAAAAAGCGCGCUCUAUUUACGAGUAUUUUCGAGUGAGACGUUACAGGAAGUGCCUACGGCAUCUGUGGCUGCUAUCAAUCGUGAUAUCAACACGUUGGUUGGCAAAGCGGUAAUGACAGUUUGGAAGAACAAGCUCUAUGCAGCAUGGGACGAAGACGGGCUGCUUUAUUGUGCUCAAUUUGAAGGGCUUCUAUCCACUUCUCCCUGGACUUUAAUGCCAAAUAUGGGAAUCAACAAAAAUAUACUCAUGACCGCUAGUAACCCGGUGCUGAUUGUGUAUAAUCUAGAGCUUGUCGUUGUCUGGCGAGAAAUGACACCUUCUGAUACCAGUGGCGAUUUGAUCGGACAGAUUCGUGUGGCUGUUCUGAACGACGAUACUGACGCACCGCUGUGGAUUUUCCAUGACAGAAAUGAGCUUUACUCGGGUCUAAAUCGUAACGUCUCAAUGGAUGCAGAUGACCCCAAUGCGGUGGUCUAUCGCGGGAGAAUGUACGUUUCAUGGACAGAAAUGACUGCACAUGGAGCGUACGAGAUUGUGAUUGCUCAGCGUAAUAUUCAGACUCGAGAUUACUCUUUUUGGACUUACCUAAAUGCUUUUCCUUCAGCGUAUCCAGUUGACACGGUUUUAUCUGCAUAUAACCCUCAGUUCGCUGUCCGGCGGAAAGGCCAUGAGGAUUUGGCACUGCUUAUCUCGUGGUAUCGAGACAGUACGACCAGCAAUAUUUCGGAGAUCAUCACAGAUCAAAUCUUCGAUGUUGAUUGGAAAGAUUUUGACACUGGGACCAUCUUGCAACCAAAAGGAGACAAGAGUUUGUUUUCACCCUCGAUAAAACAGAGCUUUGUCACGUGUGGAGACAACAUUUACGCAUCGUGGCUCGAAUCACAUGAUGUCGAUGCUUCAUUUGACGUGAAAAUGGCCACUUUAUCGCCUGAAGCGCAUCUUUACACAGGAUGGAUUCAAGUUGCGAAUCAGAGUAGCUUUAACCAUGAUCCAACGCGUGACGCGAUCGACGCAACUCUCGUGUGUUCGACCUCAUUAACUCGUAAGUCACAGGCAGGACUGCUAUGGACGGAAUAUGACGGGCACUCAAUCAAACUAAGAUUCCGUCAUGAUGCACUUGUGCCUCGAACACCUGCAUCCGUGUCCAACGGAUCUUUUGGGGAGACGAUCGCUGGAGUUCCGAUUCUUUUGUUGGAGACCCACUCCACACCUCUUGGCUAUGCUACAAGUACUGACACGAGCGGCUUGACGACCACAACACUACACUUCACGUACAUUGUUCAGCAAGAGGAAUCGUCUCUACACCUGGAAGUCAAGGGGCACGAUGCGCUUCAGUUAAAUGGUGCCGUCAUCCGCGAUAUCUUCGGCAAUGAUCCUGAUUUAUCAUUGUCUCCAAACUCCGCAAGCGCACGAAGUUUAAGUCACAAUAGCAAUUUAAUUAUUAAUACGACGCCACCGACUGUUCUCCAUGUGACGGCUCAAAAUCCUUCGGAAGAGUAUGGAAUUGGCCAAGUACUUCAGAUUCAAGUGACCUUUUCUUAUCCUGUAGUCGUGAUUGAAGGAGAUGUUGCCAAUCCUCCGACAAUUUUACUCCAUACGGACGAGCUGCAUGGAAUCUCAAGCUCUCAAGGAGUGGCAACAUACACUUCGGGAUCCGGCUCAGCUGUUCUGAUUUUCGAGUACACGACACACCAAGACGAUUAUUGUGAGACGUUAGAUUACAUGAAUAUAGCGUCGUUAGUCCUAAACGGACGAUCGUGGGCUAUCAAACGGAACGCUACACGACCUGAAACGGACGCAGAUCUCAGUCUUCCACCUGUUAAGUCUCCAAAUUCACUUAGUGGUACUCGAACCAUUGCGAUCAAGCCCACACGACCCCGUGUCUUGCAGUUGAAUUUCUUAACUCCUGACGGCACUUAUUACCCCGGUGAUACAGUCAGUAUCGAGAUUUUAUUCUCGUUGCCUGUCGUCGUGCUUGAAUCUCCUGUCUUGCUGUUAGAGACGGGUGGAGAAUCGCCCAUGCAGGCUACUUUCGAGUCAGGCAAUGGUACUUCGACGCUCACGUUUGUAUAUACUGUGUACGUUGGAGACGCUCAUUUUGUGCAAUCACUUCUUCUACCAGGGUCUUCGGAGAUCAAGAGGCUGUCGACCAGUCCAGUGACCAGUGCACUCACCGUAAUACCCGCUCCUGGAACACCUGGUUCUCUGUCUGCUAGCAGAACGAUUAAAAUUGACUCAUCUCCACCUAUUGUUAUUGAUAUUCAAUCGUCAGUUGUUGAUGGGACGUACGAUGUUGGACAUCCAAUUGACUUAUUACUCGUCUUUUCGCGGUCAGUAGUGGUAACGGGAAUUCCUGAGGUUCUGCUUAAUGUGCUAUCCGAAUACGGGCGCACAGCGCGGUACGUGGAUGGAUCCGGUACGAAUACACUUCGCUUUACUUAUAUACCACAAAAAGGAGAUAAUUCUGGACAUCACGCGCUUGAUAUUCGUGACGAAGAUUCUCUCCUUCUUCGCCCGCUUCGUAGUGGAAAAGAGCUCUUGGAAACACCAGCUCAAAUUCUGUGUCGCUCAUUAAACCCGAUCCUAAGUGCUGAGCUUAAACUUCCGAUACCAGCAGCUACGGUGCGUGCUGAUGCUGUUCGAAGUCUGGUUGGGAAUAAUCGCAAAAUUUUUGUACGGACGGACGGGUACCGAGUAACCGCCUGCCAAUCUAAUACACCGAAUGGAAUAUUUUCUCCUGGGCAUAAAAUUGUUCUCUCAGUAAUUUUUACCGGUCUUGUUGUCGUUCAAGGUACUCCUCGUUUGAAAUUAAAUACCAAUACGGCCGCUUACGCCGUGUAUAUUGGGGGAUCUGGAACCUCGACUCCCCAAUUUGAGUAUAUUAUUGCACUAGGAGAUCAAAGCACAAAGCUUGAGGUAGCGUCUCAAAAUGCACUUGAACUAAACGGAGGUGCAAUUACCGAUACGGAUGGGGUCAAUAUACCACUUUUUCUGACACCUCCGACACUAGCCGGAAGUUUAUCCUUUUCAGCUCAGCUUGAAAUCUCUUCGGCGCCUCCCAUAAUCAAGCAGGUUUAUUGCACAAAUAGCAACUAUGGUGUUGGGGACGUUCUUUACAUUUCUAUCGUCUUUUCCCGGAAGGUUGCCGUAAUCAACUCUUCUCUUGUGGGUUCUCCAACACUACUGCUUCAAUUUGAUACAGGCACACGCGCUGCAAUGUAUACAUCGGGGGAUAGAACCGAUACUCUUGUCUUUAAUUAUCUAAUCGCGAACGGAGAUUCUUCGAAUCAAUUGGAUUAUGCAGGCACAAAUGCACUGACGGGUGAUAUUCUAGCUUUAUCUACCACGCCAAUUCUUCCAGCAAACUCAGACCUUCCAAUUCCUGGAAGUGAAGGCAGUCUAGCUCAUUCUUGUCGUAUCCAAGUCAUAUCGGCUUCUCCCUUUGUUAAAAAUGUUCAAGCGCUCAGCCGCGAUGGAAUGUAUGCACUUAGUGAUACGAUUAGCCUUCAAGUGCGGUUCUCAUUCCCUGUCGUUGUAAGUAUGACGCAGUCUUGUACGCUUGAACUUGCACUUGGUGGUGUCGAGUUACGAGCAGCAGUUUACGUUGGUGGAUCGACCACGACUGACUUGGAAUUUAAAUACGCUAUUCAACCUGAAGACCUGUCAGCGCGCCUUGACUACAUUGGAGCAAAUAGUUUGCAGUGUACAAUUUUUCAGUCAACGUCAAAUCCAUCUCUUAUGGCCUCACCCACGCUACCUUUGUCUGGUGCAGUCCAUAGUUUAAGUGUCAACUCAGAGCUUCAAAUUAAUGCACUCGCACCACGAAUUCUCUCGGUUUCGUCCAUAACAGCAAACGGAGUUUAUGGCGCAGGUCAAAUCAUUGACAUCACCAUCACCUUUUCCGAAGCUGUCGUUGUCCCGGGUGAUGAUGAACUGCGUCUACAACUUGCGAUUGCGAUGAAUGUACCUUUCGAUCAACCAUAUAUCGAGCCUUACGCGUAUUAUGUAAGCGGAUCUGGUACAAAUGUCUUAAAUUUUGCGUACACUACUCGAGUUGGUGACAUGGCGCUACCACUGGAAUAUGCAGGAAUUGACGCGCUAUCGCUAUUGUCCCAAAUUGAUCAUAUUCGAGCCGCGGGUGAUCCAAUACAUGCUCGACGUGCUUCGAUGCGUCUGCCAGUACCUGGUUCGACAGGAAGUCUGAGCAACAAUUGUGAUAUUCACAUCGAUACAUUAGAGCCACCGAGGGUUGUAAGCGUUGAAAGUCCGAUGGCCGAUGGCGUCUACACCGCAGGUGAUAUAGUGACGAUCUCAAUCAAAUUUUCGACUCCGGUGACUGUGAGUGGUCCGACGCCUACGCUGUUACUCGAUAUAAGUAACAUUUACACGUCCGGUACGGACAAGAAGGCCUUGUACGUGUCAGGAUCGGGAACCGAAGUGCUGCUGUUUGAGUACACGAUUCAAGUUGGAGACCACGCUGAUCGGUUGGAUUACAAAUCUUGUUUUCAAGCGAAUCAAAACACUCAACGACGCAGUAAAUGGAAUAAGUGGAUACGUUGCUUUGGUGCAGCGAAUGCUCUGCAACUUGGCGGAGUUGGUAGCAGUCUUAAGCGCACUUCAAGUCACCCAAUCACAGAUGCUGUACUGGAUCUCCCUGCACCAUUAUGCACUGCUUGCGAUGUGACGCAGGUAACGCAAGCAACUGAUUACAUUGAGAUCAAUUAUAACCAAAUGUCUGCACGGAAAAAUGAAGUAAGUCUUUUGCAUCGACGAGCCGCAUUUAACAUUUACAGCAGCGGAUUUCCAAAUCACGACACGACAUUAACUGAAAAAAUUCAAGAGCACAAUAACUUCAUCGAGUUACAGCGGUAUCCCAUUCGAAAACCUCAAGCGCUUAGUGUUCCACAAGAACCCGAUGCAUUUAGCGGUAUUUUCUUGAAUGGGAUAUUGUUUAAAAGCGACACCAAAAGUGUCGAGAAUAUUGACGAUUGUGGUGGAGCCGUUGACGCAUACGGUCGGUACUUUUACAUUUCAGUGCCAACAUGUUUGCCGGCUACACCGUCCAAAGAUUCAGGGACCUUCACAAAUCCAGAAAUGAAAUCGGAAUCCUUUAUUAUAGCAUACGCACUUGACGGAUAUCCAGUUUACGGCUAUUAUGACGAAAAGGGAGAGCUUCCGACGGACUUGGACGAAUGUCACGGACGAAUCCGACCUGAUGGGCAGUACAUUUAUCACCUAGUUCCGCCUCAAUUAUCUGCAUCACCGUACAUGCCUUGCCUUAAAGGAUUCGAUGAUGCAUCUCAAUUUGCGGUGUUUCGCUAUCCAGCAAAUGUUUCAGAAAUUGAAGAUUUGUCAGUGUUUGAGCUGGCAAACUUUAACACUUUCGUGAUUGAACAAAACUCUGCAACACAUGAUGUCGAGCCGUGGCUAUACUCUGGCGUUGAGGUCACGUUUACGUCAAGGUCUGUGAUUGUCCGUAGUACAGGCAUUCCUCCUGCCAGGAGUAGCUACGGACCUUUUCCAAAUGCGUACAAUCGAUAUAGUGUAUGCGAACAAAAUCACGUGUUUCAAUUCCCUCGAAAUCCAGUCAUCGCGUCGACUAUGACGUCACUACCUAAGGAUACACCAAUCGGUGUCAUGGUCAAUGGCAUUCCUUUUUACGCGGCGACUUCUGAAGUUUAUGGUGGAAUAGUGAUUGACUCAAAAAAUCGGGCAUACAAGCUAUUGGACAAAUGCAAUGGGCUAGUUGAUGCCGGAGGUGAGUACCGGUAUUAUGCGUCUCCGGAUUGUUUGCUUCACGAACUUGGCGAUGAGGCUGGAAAACCAUCACCUCUGAUAGGCUUUGCAUUGGACGGAUUUCCGCUGUAUGGACCUUACAAUGAAGAGGGUCAGAUACCUGAUGACUUGGAUGCGUGCAAUGGACGUAUAGGUGAGGACGGCACGUACCAGUAUCAUGUAACUUUUCAAAUGCCAUACUUGUUGGGCUGCUUUCGCGGCACUCCUGUUAUUGACCAGAUUACGCUUGACGCAGCGAGUGGCUUGUACCGAAGUCUGAGCUAUUCUCAUGCGCUAAAAAUUAAUACAGAUCGUCCUCACGUUGCUCAUGUCUUCACAAACAAGCGUCCAGGGUCGUACGUCGCAGGUGAGAGUAUUGACGUGGUCGUUGAAUGGACCACCCCAAUUCAAGUGACAACAACAGGAGGGAUCCCGUCUCUUGCCAUUCAGAACUCUUCAGCUCUUGCAAUUUAUGAUGCAGCACGAAGUUGUGCAGCACAAACCGUUUUCCUCUAUGUAAUUAAGAGUGACGAUGUUUAUCUCGAGGAUUUUUCGUACGACGUGCGUGCUGCCAUUCAACUGAAUGGUGGUCGUAUAACUCGCCUUGCCCGGUUUCCCAUGCUAGACGCUGUUCUCGACCUAUUACCUAGCGACUUGAUGGACAUCGAGCUUAUCCGUACGAAAUCAUCCGGCUUGACGUCUAAGUUUCAGCUAAUACGUGACUUACGAGUUGAGCUUCGAGGUUUGUACCAUCCCAGAGCACAUGAUCUUCGUACCCGUGUUUUCCACGGAAACCGUCAGAGUACCAUAUUUGACGCAUGCUGUAAAUCGCGUGAUGCUUUUGGCGUGCCAGAUGUCUUUAUCAAUCGACAACAAUCUGCAUCUGAAGCUCGGAUCUCGACCAAAGGCGUCGGGUGGGACUAUAGCUUUAGUGAUUUACGUGGCAUGAAAAAUUUGGCGCUCGAUGGAAGCGCAACGGCAUCGCAGAGCUCGAUUAGCGGAUCUUGUGGUCCAGCAAAUGCCAUUGAUGGAAUAAAAAGAGUGGGGUCAGCAGCGCAAACGGUAGCUCGAACUUUGCCUGGGAAUGAAAAGACUGGGGCCUCCUGGUGGGAGAUGCGCUUCGUCGACCCCGUCAUAAUAGGAACUGUUCGAAUCUGGGUAGACCAAGGCGAAAAUAGCUUGCCUGCCAUGGUACUAGUACUGCAAGUCGACUCAAGCGAUGGAACUUCCGCCGUGACGGGCGAUUUUUCUCUGAUUUUUUCUACGUCUGAAAGCAAAGAGCUCGAAACGGGACGUAUUAACCACAACGCGGUUGCGAUGAUCGUUGAUGAGAAUGCUCGAGUUACGACAUCGGGUGUUGGGCACGGUGAGUCAAUCCAGGCCAAAUUAUUAGCUCUCGGAAAUGCCAUGCCUCGACUUUUUAUCACUCGCGAGCCUCGGGAUACUGUACAAUCUCGCAACGGCGCAUUUACGUGGCACAUUACGUUCCUGGAUGAUCCACGGCCGAACAGUGCGGUGCUAGCGCCGGGCGUCAAUAACAUAUGUGGCGGCUCGGGUAUCGUUCGGCUUGCAGCCCCUCUUCCUAUUGACGAUGUGAGCGAUCCCAUCAUUUAUCGCGAUGACAAAUCAUCUAUGUCCAGCACUGGCACUUUAAAUGAUUCGAUGUUUCCGUUUUGGGUCUUCCUGUUCAACGGUCGUACUGAAUUGAACACUAUCGAGACCUUUGUUGAUGCCGUCUCCCGAGCCACCUACUCUUAUCGUGUUGCUGAGAAUCACGCCAAUCGUAGCGUCAUUUCAAUCGUGGUUCCUUUUGGAAUCAAAGCACAGUACGUGCGUCUUAUGACAGAACUGCCAGAGGGUAUACUAUCAAUAGUCGAAGUGGAAGUGUUUUCAGAGCAGAGUCAUAUUUUAUCAAAGUACAGAGGUGGCACUCCAGUGCGAACUGCUUAUCAUCCAGGCGGCAUCACAUGGUCACCAGAAGAGGAAUUUCGCUCAAUAUUUGGUGGAAUGCCUAGCGAAGGAGCGUGGACAUUAGCAAUUAAGGAUAUGGCAAACAACGACUCCUUAACGCCCAACACCUCAGAGGGUGGCAUCUCGGACUGGGUGCUUCACAUCACAAACCAAGCAGAUGAAACGUUUACAUACUUCAUGGACUUUGAAGCUAAAAUACACGCACUUCCACGACAUGGCACGCUGUUUGUAGGCUUGGAUGAGACCGAACGCGAUCAACUUGACACUGACAACAAUGGAGUUUUAGAUUCUAUUGAAGCCGAUCGACAUCUUCGCACGUACUCUCCAAAUAAUUACCUUGAUCUCCCUUCAGAUAUUCGACAUCGUGAACUGAAAGAAUUCUUAAAAAGUUUCGAAAAAUUUAAAGCGAUUCCGAUACCGCGUGACCCAAGCGAGCGUCAGCUGCGUAUUCCAUCUUCAGUUUGCAACUCGGAAUGUCUAGCAUCAAGUAGGCUGGAUCCGUACUUUCAUACGGGACUUGAAGGUGACAAAGCAUCCAAGUUACUCAGAGUAGUCGGAAAUCGUGUUGUUAAAUACGUUCCGGACAAUGAAUUUCGUGGGCUUGACGCUUUUACGUUCUCCGUUGCCGUGGCAGGACACGAUUCUCGAAUACCAGGAAUUGUACAGCUGAUAGUAAAGGAAUGUGAGGAUCCUGAGUGCCGAAUUGCAAGAUUUCAAUUACAGCGUAACUCGUAG